AAGCAUGCGUUUAUAUAAAUGUGUGUGUGUGAACUUGAAAUUGUGCCGAUAAAUACAUAGAAUAUUUGUGGUGAAAUAUCAAACAAUUUAAAGCUUGAUAAACUAUAUUACAUAAACAAAACUGCAGAGCAGAAACAAAUAAAUUUAAAUCACAGCUAGUCAAAAAAUAUAAACAAAUACAAUGGGCAGCAAUACAUCAAAGGCGGUAGUAGAGACUGCAGCAAUUCCAACUACAGGCGCUGGCGGUGAGAAACCCAAAUGCAAAGCCUGCUGCGCUUGUCCCGAGACCAAGCGUGUACGUGAUGCAUGCAUCGUGGAGAACGGCGAGGAAAACUGCACGGCGCUCAUUGAGGCGCAUAAGAAAUGCAUGCGCGAAGCGGGCUUUCAAAUCUAAAGGACCCAAGCAGCUGCUCCAUCAGCAAUUUAGUCACAUGUUGCUUAUAUUAUAGUUAUUUUUUUUGUGUUUGUUUACUAUCUCAAAGCU